AUGAAAGAACCACCAACUUUACCAUCAAAUGACUUCAAAAUAUUUAACCUUGAUCAUGAAGAUUUGAAAUGUAAUGUUAUUACAAGAUUGAACAAUGCACCUUGCAAGAAGAAAAUUACAUGUACUUUUCAUUCAGUGUCUGAGAAGUCAACAGUCCCAAGAUGUGAUUCGGUUGAAAGAUUGAUUAGAAAUUUUAGAUAUUUGCAAAAAUUGAGACAUGAUAUUGUCAAAUACUCCAAGACUACAACUUCAAAAAACAUCAUCAAACAACAAUAUAAACAAAAUGUUUCCUCAACUCGUCUGAAGAGACAUAACUCUUAUGAUGAUACACAUAUGAUCAAAAAGAGAAGAUCACUGACACAACUGAACCCAAUGGAUAUCUUGAAUGGUCAUAAUAAAAAUUUCACAGCUGGUGUUACUGAAUAUGCUGUUGAAGAUGAUGAAGAAGAUGAGUUCAUUAAUACUUUGAUAUUAAAAGUCAGUUUGUUGAAAGAUGAUCCACAGGAGAGAUUAUUGGAUUUUGAAUACCAAACUGAAUUAAAGAAUUUGGCAACCAUUGAAUACUAUAAUCAAACCAAAUUUUGA